UCGAAAUUUUCAGUAAACGAAAUUACGCGUAUUUGUUAAUCAGCCAGAGGAAGGGGGACGGACGAUCCCUCUUUGAGUUCGAAAGCGACGAUGAAUUCGCCGAUAAGCAAGCGAUGCCACCACGUGAUGGUGGCCCUAACAGACACCAAUCGUCGGUACCACCCCGAAUUGCUGGAGGGCACCAGCCUGGACGACGAAUUCAAGAUACUGGAUCGAAAAUCCGUGCUCCUGCGCAUGCCGAUGGCCUCCAAGUCGAAGCAGGAAGAAGUACCGCGCUAUUAUCGCCACCUGGAGUUCGAUGCGAUUGGCUACGAGUGCGAGCCGCAUGUGCGGGAGCAGCUGAGCGAUCUGGUGGGCGACAUGUUCCGGCAGCGUCGUCAUGGCUGUCUCCUGCGCCUGACGCCGCACCGCACCAACAACAUGAACCUGUUGACGCGCCUGCUGGUCACGGAGGUGGACAGCAUAAUGCUGCUGUAUCGCUACCGCCUCAAAUGCGUCAAUGUGGAAUACUUUGACCUGCGGAAGUUCGACAUGGCCAACAUGCUGCUGCAGCCAGGUUCAGCGAUCCGUCCGUCGAGUCGUCGUCAAGUGCAGAGCGGCCGCACCUUGCAGAGCACUCGGGAGCUGUUGCAGUGGCUACUCAACGAUUUCCCCACCAUCCGGAGCCGGUCCGUGGGCGACGACUACAUCGACAUUCAGUUUGUAUUUCGCGAUGGCCAGCAUGCGGUUCGCCAGCUGCAUUUCACCCUGUUCCAGAUCUUUGGCUGCGAGGACCGGCAGGACAUGGCGGACUUCUUCAGGGACCUGCCGCUGGGGAAGCAGAGCAACAGCACCCUGCUCACCGACUGCAUCAAGGAGUCCUUCGACUUUCAGCGUCCCAUCGGCACAUUGGUGAUGAUCGAGCUGCCGACGGGACGAGAAUCGCAGACGGCGUUGACCCGUAAGCUGCUGAAAUUGGCCGAUGUGGCCUACGUGUCCAUCGUCAAGGCCCACCAAGCAGCCACCAAUCCGAAGGCGCGAGCGAAGGCAGUACCAGCCUCACAGAGCUCCACGAAUCUACAGAAAAUCACACCGAGCUGCAGCUUCAAAAACUCCUUUCCGUCAGUGUCAAAUAUUUCCAACUCCCUGGUCCGUCGCGGGGGGAAACUCUCAAGCGAGGACUACAACAGCCUCGCCUACUGGUACAAUCGCAUCGACUCGAAGCUGCUGGAGCUGCAGCUCAGCAUGGAGGAGCACUACAUGGCCCUGUAUCGCCAGAAGGGCUUGACGAUCUGCAGCGAACUCCGCUCCAUGGAGACCGACGAAAGCGCCGGCGAUGGCCAGCCCCCGCCAAUGGCCACCAAUCGGGAGCAGGAGACGGCCUGCGCGUACACGGAGCUGAUGAAACAGUUCCGAAAGCUGGAGAUCGAUGUGAAGAAGACCAGCUUUGCCUCCACCCUGAACGUCUACAUUGGCACCAAGAACCACGAGCUGGCGGAGAUGGAGAAGGCGUGCAAGCUAAAGGCCAUUGCAAACAUGAGACUCACUUUGAUAGAGUUCAUGAAGCCAGAGUCGGAAGCGGAACCACAUUCGAAUUAGGAAAGACUCGGGGCU